AGGCAGGGGUCCUCCGAUAAGAUAACGAUUUGCAGGCCUGGGCAGCUGCACUCCGUAAUCCCAUACUCGAUGAUACCGAAGUGACUCCGUAUUGAAGUUGCCUCGCUGCCCCGACGCUGCCUCGACGAGCCGCCAGCAGCUCCCAGCAACACACGCACACGCCAAGCACACGCAAGCCACUUGCCGCUGCCGUCGCUGCGGCCAUUUCUGCCGCCGCCAUACUCUUGGAACCAUGUCUUCCAAACGGUAUGCGUUCGUUCCCAUGGACGACGAACCUGCGCCUCCUCCAAAAGGCGACAGGAGAGAUCGGGAUCGGGAUCGGGAUCGGGAGAGGAAGGACCGCAAACGCGACAGAUCCCGCGAUCGAUCGAGGUCACCGCGUCGACACAAAAGCAGGCGGCACGACGGCGACGAUUCUCCCCGGCGGCGCUCCAGGUCGCCGCCGCCACGCAGCGAAAAGGAUAGCGGCUCGAGGACCACUCGCGACGACUCACGGCGCGAAGACCCCAAGAUGUCCGAGCUGCGUCUCAAGUCGCGCCAGCAGUACUUGGCGAAGAGAGAGGCCGAGAAGCUGGCGCUUCUGCGGAAACAGGUCGCCGAGGAAACGGCCGAGCUGCGGUCCGGCGUCCGCCUGACGGAGCGCGAGAAGGCCGAGUUCGCCAAGAACCGCGAGAUUCUGCGCCUCGCCGAGGAGAGGGCGCGCAUCGACGACUACCAAGACGGCUACCGGCUACCCGAUCAGUACGAAGGUGACAGCAAGAAGAAAGAGGAGGCGCUCUACAAGCGCCACGUCGAGAGAGACGAAUACGGCAACGAGAAGCACGUCACCGAGUACGAGGAGUGGGAGCGCGAACAGACCGUCAAGGCGAAGGCGCAGAUCCAGAGCCGCGAGCGCGAGGACGAGGGAGAGUACGACUUCUUGCUGGACGAGGAUGCCAUCACCUUCGUUCGCGACGCCGCCAAGUACGCGCAACCCAGCAACGGUCUGACCCAGGAGCAGAGAAUCCUGCAGGAGAAGAUCGAGGCUGCCGAGAAGGCGGCAAGGACGAUCCAGGAGGUCCGGAAAAGCUUACCGGUCUAUGCCUACCGCGACGCAUUCCUGGAUGCCGUCAAGGAGUACCAGGUUCUCAUCCUCGUCGGCGAGACCGGCUCGGGCAAGACGACGCAAAUACCGCAAUACCUGCACGAGGCCGGAUUUACCAAGGACGGAAUGAAGAUCGCGUGCACCCAGCCGCGCCGAGUGGCCGCCAUGAGCGUCGCCGCCCGUGUUGCCGACGAGAUGGGAGUGAGGUUGGGGCGCGAAGUCGGAUACUCGAUCCGCUUCGAGGACUGCACCAGCGACAAGACCAUACUCAAGUACAUGACGGACGGUAUGCUCCUCAGGGAGAUGGUCACGUCGCCGACCCUCGAAGGCUACUCGGCCAUCAUGAUCGACGAAGCUCACGAGCGAACGGUGCACACCGACAUCCUGCUGGCCCUGAUCAAGGAUCUUACCCGGGCGCGGCCAGAGCUGAAGCUGAUUAUCUCGUCGGCAACGUUGAACGCUGAGAAAUUCAGCGCGUACUUUGACGACGCGCCCAUCUUCAACGUCCCCGGCCGCGUCCACCCGGUGGAGGUGUACUACACAUCAGCGCCGGAGAGCAACUACUUGGAGGCCAGUCUCGUGACGGUCUUCCAGAUCCACGCGACUCAGCCCGAGGGCGGCAUCCUCGUGUUCCUGACCGGCCAAGAAGAGAUCGACCGUGCUUGCGAAAGAGUCGAGGAGAUCAAACGGAAGCUGGGAAGCAGGGUACCCGAGAUCAUAGCGCUACCCAUCUACGCGAAUAUGCCGUCGGAGCUGCAAGCGAAGAUCUUCGAGCCGACGCCGCCGAAAGCAAGGAAAGUCGUCUUCUCGACGAACAUCGCCGAGACGUCGCUGACCAUCGACGGCAUCGUCUACGUCAUCGACUGCGGCUACGUCAAGGAGAACACGUUCAGCCCGGUCGGCACGACGGGGCAGUCGACCCUGGCGGUGGUGCCCUGCUCGCGGGCGGCGGCGAACCAGCGGAUGGGCCGAGCCGGCCGCGUGCGGCCCGGCAAGUGCUUCCGGCUGUACACCAAGUUCGCGUACCUCUCCGAGAUGGACGAGUCGCCGACGCCCGAGAUCCAGCGGACGUCGCUCUCGAGCGUGGUGCUGCAGCUCAAGGCGCUGGGCAUCGACGACCUCCUCGGGUUCGACUUCCUGGACCCGCCGCCGACGGAGCUGCUCAUCAAGUCGCUCAACAUGCUGUACGCGCUCGGGGCGCUCAACAGCGCGGGCGCGCUGACGCGGCUGGGGCGGCAGAUGGGCGAGUUCCCGACGGAGCCGAUGCUCGCCAAGGCGCUCAUCGCGGCCACGCAGGAGGGCUGCAUCGAGGAGGUGCUGACGAUCGUCUCGAUGCUCGGCGAGGUGGGCACGCUCUUCUUCCGGCCCAAGGACAAGAAGGUGCACGCGGACAGCGCGCGGGCGCGCUUCACGGUGCGCGAGGGCGGCGACCACCUCACGCUGCUCAACGUGUACAACCAGUGGGUCGAGGCGGACUACUCGCCCAUCUGGGCCAGGGAGAACUUUUUAACGCAGCGGUCGCUGACGCGGGCGCGCGACGUGCGCGACCAGCUGGCCAAGCUGUGCGACCGCGUGCUCGAGGGCGGCGCGACGGGGUCGUGCGGCGGCAUCGCCAACGUGCGGCCGGUGCUGCGCGCGCUGACGUCGGCCUUCUUCCUCAACGCGGCCCGGCUCAACCGCGGCGGCGACGGCUACCGCACCCUCAAGAACAACAUGACCGUCUACGUGCACCCCAGCAGCGUGGUCCGGUCCAUGGACCCGCCGCCCAAGGUGAUCAUCUACCACGAGCUGGUCGUCACCUCGCGCGAGUACGUGCGGUCCGUCAUCCCCGUCGAGCCCAGCUGGCUGUCCGAGUUUGGCGGCCACUACUACGACAAGAAGGACGUCGAGCUGCUCGAGGCGAAGAAGCUGCCCAAGGAGAGGAAGUACUAGGAGGCCCCAAUGGCCCGGGGGCCUCGGCGGCGGCGGCGGCAGGAUUUAAAAGCAAGC